AUGAAAACAAAAGAGGACCUGAAUAAGAACGUUGAUCCAUCGGAUCUAAAAAUAAGCAAUGUGCAGGGUAGGAAAAGUGGUACAAUCGUUAUUCAAAGCGAAAACGAAUCUGAGCGCGAUAAAAUAAAGACCGCAAUUGCAAAUAAAAUGAGUGACCGCUAUGAAAUUAGAGUGCCGAAUACGGCUAAACCCAAGUUUAUGGCGUUUGGAGUAAGCUUUAAAUAUGAAAGCGAGCAACUGGUAGAAAUGAUAAAAAAACAAAAUGAAUGUUUACAAAGUGCUGACUUUAAAAUUAUUAAAUACAUUCAAGUCAAGAAAUAUAGGUCUAAAUACUAUAAUUUUCUCAUUGAAACGGACGUUGAUACCUUCUCGGCAGUGCUCAAAAGCGAAAAAAUAAAUAUUGGGUGGGAGAAAUGUAGAGUCCAAGAUGGUAUGGUUGUGUCAGUUUGCUACAAAUGUAAGGGCUUCAAUCAUAUAGCUACGAAGUGCAAGGAUGAAGAGGUCUGCCUGAAGUGCUUGGGUAAUCAUAAAACAAUGGAGUGCACAAAGGAGCAAAUAAACAGUGUAUCAAUUGCAUUCGUGCAAACAAAAAAUUUAAUCUAG